AUGUGCUUUAUGCACCCCAUCAAACCUGAGGAGGCGAUUCGCGAGGCCUACUUUGAGCACGGCAUCAGGGUGUUCAGCCUAGAUUCCAGGUCUGAAUUGGACAAGAUUGUGCGCGCAACGAGUAUUAAUGCUCAGCCAGCCACUGAUUUGACCCUAUGCGUCCGGAUUCAAAUUGGUGCCCAGAGUUCCAAGUUGAAUUUUGACGCCAAAUUCGGCGUCGAUGGUCGUGAGGCGAUCGAGCUCCUCAUCGAGACGCGCAAGGUGGCACACCGGCUCGGUGUCUGUUUCCACUUGGGCAGUCAGACCAUGGACCCGGCCGAUUACGAGCAGGGGGGAGGCUUCCCCGUCCUAUAUCCGACGAUGAGCUCGCCGGAUUUGUCGGUCUUUUUCAAGAAUAUUAAAGAUGCAUUUGACGGCCUCGCACUCACGCCGACCCCGCGACUGUUAGCAGGACCUGGUCGAGCCUUGAGCGCGAAGUACCAUUCGAUUGUUACUAGGGUUGAGAAUCGUCGGGGAAACAAGCUUUAUAUCAACGUGGAGGCCUAUGGCGUCUUGUUCGACGGUGCGUACAUGAAAUGGCGAUACAAGGCUCGGCUGCUUCGUGAGCCGCCAUCUACACCCGAAGACGAAGCUUUCUCGUUCUACGGGCCCACAUGUGACAGCCUGGAUUACAUGCCCGGACCUUUUUAUCUGCCUGGCGGCGUAAGGGAACACGAUGAUCUCGAAAUUUUGAAUGUUAGCGCGUAUGUUUGGACGAUGAGGCCUUUUAACGGAUUUAGUUCGUACAAGUACGCCGUGUUGAAGACCCGGAUGAGCUAUAGACUACCACUGCAAGGGCCUAGUAUCCGCCCUUAA